AUAACGGUACAUACAUAUAGAUACACAACAUCUGUCUCUAUACACGCUACCAAACAAACUCCACUACACUUGACCUUUAACGUACGCACAUUUUUCGGCUAAUAUCAUCAUCUAGAUCUGCGCUUCUUCAUUUUCUCUCAUCUCCACAGAUUUUCUUUUCUCAAUUUUCAGAUUGAAUCCUGAUCGGUUGAAAAGUGUAGCUCGCAGCGAUGACUUCACGUCCUCCGCUUAAUGAACGAAUACUUUCAUCCAUGAACAAAAGAUCAGUUGCUGCACAUCCUUGGCAUGAUCUUGAAAUAGGACCUGGUGCGCCAACGAUCUUCAACUGUGUGAUUGAAAUUAGCAAGGGGAGUAAGGUGAAGUAUGAGCUAGACAAAAAAACAGGACUUAUUAAGGUUGAUCGUGUUCUAUAUUCAUCAGUCGUGUACCCUCACAAUUACGGUUUUGUCCCUCGUACAUUGUGUGAAGACAACGACCCGAUUGACGUCUUGGUCAUCAUGCAGGAACCGAUACUGCCAGGUUGUUUUCUACGGGCCAAAGCAAUAGGUCUCAUGCCCAUGAUUGAUCAGGGAGAGAAAGAUGAUAAGAUAAUUGCGGUUUGUGCUGAUGAUCCCGAGUAUAAAGACUAUACCGACAUCAAGGAGCUCCCGCCACAUCGUUUAGCUGAGAUCCGCCGUUUCUUUGAAGAUUAUAAGAAAAACGAGAAUAAGGAGGUCGCUGUUGAUGAUUUCUUGCCGGCUGACAAGGCAAUCGAGGCGGUGAAAUAUUCGAUGGAUCUGUAUGCGGACUACAUUGUGGAGGGAUUGAGGCGUUAGAGAUACAAGAGAACAAUUAUGCAACUUUUGCUACUUUAAAUGUUGGCGAAGACGUUGAAAACUAUUAUAAAACAUAUCAAAAUUUGAUCUGAUCAUUAUGUAUUGACUAUCGAUUUCACAAUGUUAUGGGAACAAACAUGUUUGUUCUAUGCACAAUGACAUCAAGUAUGGUCAAGAGAACCAAACCAGUUUCAAUCA